AUGUCAAAAGAAACUCGACAGUACACUUCGGUACCACAAGGUCCUGAUGAUGUACCUACGGCCAGUAGUCAAUUACAAGAGCCACCGGUUCCAGAAGAAGAAUUUGAGCUAGAAUCCUUGGAUUCCCUCGAUUUCGAAAAUAAUACCCCAGAUCAACCUGAGAAAGGUAAAUCCAAUAUGAGAAUGGCCUUUAUGAAUAUGGCCAAUUCAAUCCUCGGAGCCGGAAUAAUUGGUCAACCAUUUGCUUUCAAGAAUAGUGGAUUAGUGGGAGGAUUGGUUUCUUUAGCUGUUUUAACAUUCCUCAUCGACUGGACUUUACGAUUAAUAGUGAAAAAUACCUUGUUAUCCAAAACUAACUCCUAUCAGGACUUUGCAGCACAUUGUUUUGGGAAAUUUGGCAGAAUACUAUUAUUAUUUUCAGUAGGAUCAUUUGCUUAUGGUGGAUGUAUGGCAUUUUGUGUCAUUAUUGGAGAUACUAUACCGCAUGUUUUGAAGGCUUUUAUUCCCGAAUCCAUAACUGAAUCUUCGGCUUUUGGAUGGCUAUUCAGUAGAAAUAUCAUCAUAACAAUAUUUACCACUUGCAUUUCAUAUCCUUUGUCUUUGAAUAAAGAUAUUUCCAAAUUGGCUAAAGCUUCAGGAUUUGCUCUUUUUGGGAUGUUGAUUAUCGUUCUUAUAACUGCCAUCAGAGGUCCAUUUGUUGACAAGGAUUUGAAGAAACCUUUAACUACUCAACAAUGGACAGUGAAUACCAAUAUCUUCCAAGGGAUCUCUGUUAUUUCCUUUGCUUUGGUAUGUCAUCAUAAUACAACCUUCAUAUAUAAUUCCUUGAAAAAUUCAGUCAAAUUGAAAUUUGAUCGUUUGACUCAUAUAGUUUGUUUCAUUUCAAUGAUCUGUUGUUUAGUAAUGGCUGUCAAUGGACUUUUGAAUUUUGGUGGGAAUACAAAGGGUAAUAUCUUGAAUAAUUUCAAGAGUGAUGAUAACUGGAUUAAUGUUGCUAGAUUUUGUUUCGGGUUAAACAUGUUAACAACAUUCCCCUUGGAAAUCUUUGUUGUUAGAGAUGUUAUGAGAGAUGUUGUGUAUUUCUACACCCAUGAUACCAAUGAACACGGUAAUCAUAGUGGACAUUUCGAAUUGUCUUCCAGACAACAUUUCUUCAUUACAUCGUUCUUAGUAUUUUCAAGUAUGGCAGUGUCGUUAUUGACUUGUAAUUUGGGAAUCAUAUUGGAAUUAAUAGGUGCAACAUCGGCUUCUUUAAUGGCUUAUAUAAUACCUCCAUUAUGCUAUUUAAAACUUUCAUGGGAACAAGUGGAUUACAAAUCUUUGACUUCAAGCGAAAAGAGACAAUUUCAUUUGUAUAAGACUUUACCAUCCGUUGCAUGUGCAUUGUUUGGCUUAUCAGUUAUGGUCAUCAGCUCUUUCAUGAGUAUCCGUACUAGUUUGAAGAGUUCAGGGGAAGAUGAUCAUUGUGUCGUUGAUUAG